UCCAGGUCUCGUUCCCGUUCCAGAUCUCACUCUCCGUCCCACGGCAGGAACUAUCCCACCAGAGACUACCAGAACAACCAGGGUUACCAGGGUUACCAGAGAGGCUACAACCGCGGCUUCCGCAGACCCUUCUACUUCCGUGGUAGAACCCGGGGCUUCUACCCUCGCCGUGGUUACCAGAGAGGAGGGAACAGCUACGGCUACAGAGCCAACAACUGGCGGGGGGGGGGCUACCGGGACGGGCCACACCGCGACCAGGAUCACCACGGUCCGCACAGCCCCAGGAGAGGCCGCUCACGCUCCCGCUCCCGCACUCCUAGGAAACGCUCGGGCAGCCGCAGCCACUCGCGGUCUCGAUACUCUGACCGCUCGUCCUCCAGGGGUUCCCGGUGGUCUCGGGGGCGCCACAGCUCGUCUCGCUCCCGCUCCUCGUCCCCGCGGCAUCACCGCAGCAGCCCUAGCUCGGGGAAGCCUGGCUCCAAGGAUGUAAAGGACAGGGCUACGCCAGCAGAGGUCAAGGGGGAGAGAGGAGAAGGGGCUGUGGAGCAGGCAGGAGGAAAGGGGGGAGAGGGCAGUAGUCAUGAUAAGACCUCUGCUGGGAAAUGGCAGGGUCUGAGUGACUAUGACACCAGCCCCAAACGCAGCAGUCCCACUGUUGGUGCCAACCAGGAAAAAUCCGAACCCAAAGGGCCGUUGUGGAGAACCAUCGGCAGCACUGGCAGUGCUCCCUCCACCAACAGCCCACCGGGCUCCACCAAGGCCGGGCCGACCGCCUCCUUCAGCGGGUUUGGCUUCCUUGGCAAGGAGGAUCCCACCAGGGCAGACGAUAAGAUUGCCAUUUCCUCUGCUUUCAAAAAGUAUGUUCCAUACUUCCCUUUACAUUCUGCUAAAUUUGUCUUUCAUCAUAUGUUUUGUUUUAUUUUCUUUUAAGUUGAGUUUUCUUCAUCCCAGUAUGUGAUUGUAAUUCUUCUUUCAAAAUUGUUCAGUCUGUGCCCAGCUGCAAAGAUCCUUGGAAGAAUACAGUUAAAAAUGGAUGCCAUUGUCAAUAGCAGUCUUCUUCUCAUUUCAAAUGCUAAUGACAACAUUUAAAAAGUCGCUGGCUGUUGUCCUCUGCUAUGCAUUGAAAGGAGGUUCAGUUGUAUGAAAUCCCCCUAAUUUAGGAGGUGGUGAUUAAGUAUAAUUAUUACAAAAGCAGUCCUGUGCUAUUGUAAGUGUUACAUGUCAUUCUGUGGUGUUGUGAUAGUCACCUCUAUGGUUGUGCUGUCUUGUUUGUUUAUUUUCUGUUUGUUGAUCAUCUAACAUUUUGUACCCCUUGUGGCGAAAUGCAUUCGAUUUUAAUAUCAGUGCCCUGUUAGAAAACUGGGAUCCUGUAACAAAACUAGAUUUUAAUCAACAUUCUCCUUUGUAUAACAUGUUGUAAAGGUCCAUUUAAUUCUCUGUCUGAUUGGCCAGGUUCUUGGCAGAAAACAAGAGCAAAAAGCAGCAGCAGGCGGCGGCAGAGUGGGAGAAUGGCCGGGACAGGGACCAGAGCACCACGGACGGAGACGGCAGAGAGAAAGUCAAGAGCAGGACUAGCAGUGGCCUCUUUAACAUAACAGCAGCCUCCUUCAGCUCCAAGGCCGAUAAGUCCCUUCCCUUCCUGGACAAAGCUGAAGAGGCCUUCCUCAAGUCUCAGGCUGCAGGGAGAGAGAGAGAGAGGGAGGUGGAAGAGGAGGCCAAGCCCAAAGGAGCCACCCUGACGACACGGGACGUGUUUGGGAAGUGGGAAGACGAGCCCCAUUACUACCUUCCAGGGAAGGACGAGGAGAGACUGAGAGACACGGCCGAAGACGUGGAGGAAGACCUGGAGCACAUGGAGGAGGAGCUCUACCGCAGCCGCAAGCAGGCCUCCAAGAAAGAAGAGAAGAAGAAGAAGGAGAAGAAAGACAAGGAGAAGAGCAGUAUGUCCCCAGCCACAGCAACCAUGGUCCCUAGGGGUUCAGGUAGCAGGGAGAAGGACAGGCCCCUGGCCCUGUUCCCCGUCACUAGGGUGGAGUCACCCCUACCCAGGCCCUCUGGAAAGAGGGAGGACUUUGAGCUUAGUAUCAACUCCUUUGACAAGAUGGCCAGGUAAGCAGCAUCACCAAUACUGUUCAUAAACAGACAGCUUGGAGGGUUAAUAUUUUCUGAAAACAUAAUUUUGAACACUGGGUAGUUUUUGAUCUGCUUGAAGGUUAACAUGUUUAUGGAACUCGUCACGGUCUUGAACACAACAGUUUUGUAUCUGCUUGAUCCACCUGGUCUCUUUCUCUUCUCAGCUGCUCUGGAGGUCUGACCAGGGAGCGUGGUAUGUCCAGGGAUCUGGUGCAUCCCACUAAGAAAGAUCAUGGAGAGUUCCGUUCCAUCUUCCAGCAUAUUCAGGCUGCUCAGCUCAGACGCAGCCCCUCGGAGCUGUUUGCGCAGCACAUUGUCACCAUUGUGCACUACAUCAAAGGUAAGGUCUCUUGUUGGGGACCAUAAAGUGUUGUCUAUGAAGCCACAGACACAACAAGGACAGCAGUAGGUUUGAAAUAUUCAAUAGUUCCAUGGACUGUUCAAUCACUAGUUCCUUUGUAGGAUUUGAUGUAAUUCCGUCAUUGUGAGAUCAUUUCAAGUCCUUUGAAUUAAACAAUUGUCUGAAUCGGGGCAUAAAGUUAACUUUUUGGUCUACCAGCCACUGUGGCAGGUAGAUUUCGAAAUCUACCAGCCACUCAGAUUUUUUACCAGCCCAAAUAUAUUUUUUCUGCUAAAAUGACACUCUUGGGUUAGCUAUACAUUUUUUUGGUAGAAGCGUUGUCUUCUCUUCUCUAGCAGUUGAAACUCAAACAUAGAAAAACAACCUAGCUUGUGAACAAAACAAUGUAAAUAGCCAAGAAACACAAGGACAGAGACUCACUUCAGUAGACUUUCAUUUCAAGUAAAUUAGACCAACUGUUAUGGCUGUGUGCAGGGCUUCUAAAAAUGAAUCUUUCACUCAGCUCUUGGCUGUGGAGCUCUGACCACCCGCCAACGUGGCAGGUGAAAUAGACAUCUUACCCGCCAAUGCCAAAAUCUACCCGCAGGUGGCGGGUGUUAAUUUUAGGCCCUGGUCUGAGUUAGAGUUGUCCAUUGACUAGAAAAACUAUAUAAAUAUUAUAUCUGUCCUCUAUUUGCAGCCCAACAUUUCAGCUCUUCAGGCAUGACUUUAAGUGAGCGAUUUGCCAUGUACCAAAGAAAAGCCGCUGAGAUGGAAUUGAUGAAGCCAAGGAAGAGUCCAGAAAUCCACAGGUAAGGCAGUCUUUCUCAUAACUGUCAGCCAGUAUGGGCUGCCUUCUCUUCAGAUUGCUAUGAGUUCACGUCAAACAUUCAAUAUCGCUGCAAAGUUGUGUGUUCAACAAAUGAAUUACUCUCAAAUACUUUGAGACGAUUGUGAGUUAAGUACAUGCUUUGAUGUAGCCAUAUCCAACUCACCUUGUGCCUUUUUAACUUUUGUGUUCCCCUACAGGAGAAUCGAUGUCUCCCCCAGUGCGUUUAAGAGACACUCUCACCUGCUAGAGGAGCUGGAGGACUGCAGCUACAAGGUGAACGGCCUUUUUGACAUUUGAUGUAAAAAUUGAAGGUGAUUUGAGACGAUCCAAAGCAGCAGUGUUCAGCUUGUGCUUUUCUUUUAAAGGAGAUGCAUAAGUCUAAAUCAAAAGAGCCCAAUUGUGUAUUGUAAUCCCAAGCGAGCCCCCCAGCCUAUGAGAUAUGGUUAUUGAGCGGGUAUGUACGUACCCAAGAAAAAGCUAAAAGGAGGUGACUUAAGAUGCUGUGUCCAAGCCUCUCAUGGGACCCUAAGCAAUGCCAUUGUAAGUAUUUCUCCUCAAACAAACAAGCAACAUGUAUUCAAGUUCAGUAAAAAAUGAUUUAGUUUUUAAAGGAUAUCUUAAAAGCAUGCUCCUGUUCCCCAUGAGUGUGUAGAUGUCUGUUACUUGGCCAAGUUACUCUAAUAAAGCCUUAGAAAAUUAACUAAGAUUACAUUAACACACGUGAUUGAUCUGUUUACUUGAGUACAUAAAUUCAAAAAACUUUGAUAUAGAACUUUGAAGUUAUUUGGAAGAAAAGAUUUCAAGAUGGCCUUAGCGCUCUGGAUGGAUGCAUUUAUUGCCAUCACCAGCAGAUGGGGUGCAAUACUACACACACACACACACACACAAACACUCAACGUCCUUCUUUCACUGCAUGUAAUUGUUUUACUUAAGCUUUCAUAUAUAUUCAUAGGUUGCACCCCUGUCACUCAGUCACACCAUGCCAUUGUUAUGAACAUUCUCAAGACGCCCUCAUGAUAAGCCCAGUCAUUCUGAAUGGAGGCUAAUUACUGUUUUGUCUACAUUAUACUAUAGUGGCCUGGAAAUACAAUGACAUUGCUAAAGUAGGCAAAUAUUUUGUAGGCAACAACUUUGCCAUCAUUAUCAUGCUGUCAAAUUCACUUAGACAGAUAGAAAUGUCAUUAUCUUGCAAAGUUUCUCAAAAAUAGCUUGCAAUGCUAACAUUAGCUAGCUAAAAUCCGAUGGUCUCCCCUCAAUCUUAGCUAGCUAGCUAAUGUAAUACUGCAUCUAAGUCAAUCUGGUGACAUCACAAUGAUGACAAUGUUUUCUUACUAAUUAUUUGCCUCCUGUUAAAAUGUCAUUGUAUUUCCAAGACACUGUAAUGCACUUUUGAUUAAAUCUUCAUCAGCGCUCAUUGACAAUGCAUUGAGUAGAAUGCUCAGUCGGGCAUCAGUCCUAAAACAAAUGUUCAAACAAAUAUUGUGACGACAUGUGCAACCCAUGACAUGGAAAAGCAUCAUUACUUCAUUAUGUUGCCCAUUUAUUAUGUAAUGAAGCAUUCUUACAAGUGGUAGUGUCUUCUAAGUUGUGGUAUCGGAAGCGGCCACUAACAUAGACAGCACAUCCAUAUCUUCACAGGAUCAGGGUAAAAAACCUAAAGGUGACCCAAUGGACCUACGUCUGGAUAUAGAGCGCCGAAAAAGGUUUACUGGGAAGGAGCCUGGGCAGCACAAACGUGACGGGGGCAAGGGCUCCGGAGGCUCCCGAGGACCCAGCCAAGAGGGGUCCUCCGAGAAAUCCGCCAAACGCCACAAGAAAUCCAAGUAGGUUUAUUAUAGCUUACUUUAAAAUCACCUCCCAUAGUCUCUUCCAUCCCUGAAUUGUUUAUUUCAUUGAAAUGUGGUUAUAUAAACUAUAUGCAUGUCAUUUUUCCACCCAAAGAUUUCUUUGUGAUUUCAUGUUCAGCACUUAAAAUAUGGAUCCAGUUAAAAUGGAGUCUAAUUGUAAUUUCCUAUUUUACCCCUCUCGCUCAACAGAAAAACCAAAAAGAAGCGUGAUCGCUCUCCAUCCUCCUCCUCUUCCUCCUCCUCUCCCUCUCCCUUCAGAGGAGGGUUCAGAGGUAAAGACCACAUGAUGGGGGAGGAGGUGGAGCACAUGGACCAGGGCUACAGUAAGCCUCGCUUCGGGCCCCGGGACUAUGGAGGCCCCAUGGAUAGGGGUCCCCCCCGGGACUACGGAGGCCCAAUGGAUAGGGGUCCCCCCCGGGAUUGUGAUGGCCACAUGGACAAGGGUCCCCCCCGGGAUUAUGAGGGCCACAUGGAGAGGGGUCCCCCCCGGGAUUAUGAGGGCCACAUGGAUAGGGGCCGGGGACGUGGAGGAGGAUUUGUAAGUUCUGCUCUCUGUGUGAUGUAGCCUACUGUAUGGACUGGAGUGCACUAUUGGAAUGACUCUGAUAUGUGAUUGUCUUGUAAUUUUCUAUCCUUAUAACUUCGCUAUAGACUGUGCUUCUCUGCUCUGUUCCUUCCUCCUAAUGAUGAUGAUGAUGAUGAUAAGGAGAAUGAGGUGGAUGAUGAUACUAUUUCACUCUUAAUCCAUACCUGAUUAAUAAAGGUAAAGUAAUACUCAUGUGACAUUCAGAAACACAAUACUCACAGCAGAAGCCUGACUCCUCCUCCUUCUCUCCACAGCCAACUGAGAGCCCCUGGUGUUCUUUCUGCUUGCUCGCUCUCUCACUCUCUCCAUCUCUUUGAUGUAUUUGAUCUUUAUCUCUGGACUGCUUUCCUGCAGCUAUACUUUUUAAUUCCGUCCAAGCCCUCAGUCCAAGCCCUCAGUCCAAGCCCUCAGUCCAAGCCCUCAGUCCAAGCCCUGUGAAUAAUGGUAAUGAUAAUAGUUGAUUGUGCUCGGACUAAGUUUCCCCUAGGUACAUAUCUAGGAUCAGCUACCCCUCCCUCAAUCCUAACCUUAACCAUUAGUAGGGGAAAUGCAAGAUCAGUGUCUAGGGGCAACUUCACUCUACACCCCCAGUCUGACCCUGUUUGUUUUGGUUUCAGCUCCCCAGAGUGAGAGGAGGUGGAAGGGGCUGGAACAGGGGCAAUUACCAAGGAAACAACAACAGCAACCCCCCUCCUAAUAUGAGCAACGCCCCCCCAGAACGCCCGCCAGACGAGGAGUGGGACCCAGAGUACACUCCUAAGAGCAGGAAAUAUUACUUUGUAAGUUUCAGCACCUUGAUUUGAGUAUACCAUAAUGACUUUUUUUGUGUGGGUACUUCUCUUCACAGUAUCCCUAGUGGAUUUGAAUCCAAAUAGUCUCUCCUGACAUUCUGAUCUGAUUUUGGUUCUGGGUUUCCCAGAUUAGAAUAUGAAAACAUGGUCUUGAUUCUGUUUCAGUAUUGUGAUAGGUGAUCAUCUUAGCUCUUAGUGAGAUUAAAUAAAAUAUUUAUACAUGUUAAAUCUGGAAUCUGUAGCAGUGAAACUGCCUCGUCCGUUUGCGAUAUUACAACAAAGACGUUAUCUCAAACAACGGACAUAGUUUUCCUUCGGACAUCAUUGCACGCGCGAUAGAACAGCAGAGUAUGUUCUAUGAUUAUUUAUAUAUUUUUACCACGAUGCAGAAUGCUCCUCUGCCCUGUUUCAAAAGAAAACAAUAACAAUUGUGCCUGGGGCGACCAGUGGCGCUGUUUCACCAAAUGUGGAUCUCUGCUAUAAUAAUGAACAUUAAUACAUGUGAACACAUUUUCAUUUGCUGAUGCUGUCUUGGAAUCCUUUUCACUGCUCUCUCUCGACUCUUGAUAUGGUCUAAACAAUUUAAUACACGUAAACACUGACAUGUUAAUCUUGCUGAAUAGUGGUAUCCUUUUCACUGACCUCUGUCUACUUAUUUGGCAGCAUGAUGACCGAGAGGGAGAGAAGACGUGGCUGGAGAGCCGUGGCCGGGGCCGAGGGGCAUUCCCCCGCAGCAGGGGACGCUUCAUCUACCGCAAGGGGGGCAGCAGCCCCAACAAGUGGACUCAUGACAUGUUCCAGGGGGACGGGGAGGAGGGGGGUGAGCACGGGGAGGAGCACCACACAGAGAUGGACCAGAAAGACAACAUCCAGGCCGGAGACCCCUCAGCAUCCAAGCUGGAG